GUUUAUUUAUCCGCCAUGAUCCCUACGAACGAUCGAUCCUGCCAUUCCCUUCUCUAGCGUCGAAACAGUGGAGAAACCGGCGGCCUCCGCCAUCGAAGAACACGAACUUCGCUGAUCUAUCCGCAACAUUCUAGGUGGGCACCUUGGGCCAUCUCUCCUCUCCUUCUUCCUCUUCUUCUUCAGUUACUCAUGGCAAAAGCAUCUCAAGAUUUCUCCUAUGGUGAGCGUGUUCAGAGCGGCGAAUUCAUGUGAUUUCGGGUCGAGGGUUUACUUUCUUAAUCGAGCUAUGUUGCCCGGGUUUACAUUCUAUUUCGGCAUUGUUGAGUUGAUGCAUUUAUGGUGAUCAAGAUUGUUUGUGGGAUUAAUUCAUGGUCUGGGCAAUAACUGAUCAAUGUACUCAUCAACUUACUAGAUAGCAGCUCAUCCCUAGUUUUUUCUUCCCUCAUCGGGUGUUGAAAUUGAAGCAAGUCGGUUCCUUUUUCAAUUGCCGACUGAUUCUGCCGCUCUCUGUUGCUCUUUGUCCGUCUGAAUAUAUCUCUCAUUAUCUCGACACCCGCAAGUCAGUCUCGUCAUUUCAGCUUGUCUGAUUGCCUGUGCGGCCAAUCACCACUCGAAUGUCUUCCCAAUUGAAACUCCAAGAUAUGCCGCCAAGUUCAAGCAUGGCAGUUCCCAUAGGCUCAGCCACCGACCACUUCCGGCAACCAGCUGCCGCCGUCUUGGGUGACCCUGCUGACACAUCAACAUCUGCGUCUUCUUCAACGGGUGUGACUCGUACCUUCCACUUCUCCUCUGGAAACCCCAGAAUUGAAGAGACACGAGGGAUCAUGCAUCUUUUCUGUGAAGACUCUCCUUCACAUCUUCCUAUUGGAAGAAAGCCUCUUGCUUCGGUGAUUGGGGUGCCGAACCACAUGACUUAUGCAGACUUUUGCAAGUUUUGUGGUUCUUUUACCCAACACAUACUGGAGAUGCGGAUUGUCAGGAAUGAAGAGAUGGAGGAUAGAUAUAGUAUUCUGAUGAGAUUUCAAAAUCAAGACUCGGCAGAUAAAUUCUACCUGCACUUCAAUGGUAGAGAAUUCAACUCUUUGGAGGAAGAAGUUUGUCGUGUGCAUUUUACCAUUGAUGUACAGUUCACUGGUUAUAGUGGUUCACUUGAACAUGGUCAGCCUUCACCAACAAGUACAACUGAACAGUCUUCUUGCCCAGUUUGUCUCGAGAGACUAGACCACGACAUUGGUGGAAUUCUCACAACCAUAUGCAAUCAUUCAUUUCACUGCUCCUGCAUCUCGAAGUGGGCAGACUCUUCUUGUCCAGUUUGCCGAUAUUGCCAGCAAAUGCCUGAAAAAUCUGUAUGUUUUAUGUGUCAAACUUCAGAGAACCUAUGGAUCUGUUUGAUCUGUGGGUUUGUUGGUUGUGGAAGGUAUAAGGAAGGACAUGCUGUGAGACACUGGAAGGAAACCCAGCAUUGCUAUUCUCUUGAAUUGGAAACACAGCGCGUUUGGGAUUACGCCGGUGACAAUUAUGUUCACCGACUAAUUCAAUCAAAAACAGAUGGAAAAUUGGUUGAGUUGCAUACCCAUUGUGUGCACGCUGUUGAUGGUUGUGGGAGUUGUGGCUGUAUGGACUCUGGAAUCAGUGAGACGCUAUUAAGCAGCAAAGUCGAAGCAAUUGUUAGUGAGUACAACGAACUCCUGGCUACACAACUUGAGAACCAGAAGCAGUACUUUGAGGCUUUAUUACAAGAGGUGAAAGACGAAACUGCUCGAAAAACGUCUGAAGCUGUUAAGAAGGUUGUUAGUCAAAAAGCACUAAAGUUGCAGGCCAAGUUGGAAAGAUGUACCAGAGAAAAGAAAUUUCUGGACGAUCUGAAUGAAAAUCUGGUGAAAAACCCGCAAGUCUGGAAAGUGAAGAUACUGCAGAUGGAGGAGAGCGAGAAAAAGGCUCUGAAAUUGAAGGAUGACAAGAUCCAGAUGUUGGAACAACAGCUUCAUGAUUUAAUGGCUCGGUUGGAAGUAGGAGAUGCCCACGGAGCAGGAUGAGUCAGCAGCAUCAACUGCUAUCACCGACACGCCAAUACAUGUACAAUCAAUCUCCUCCUUAACAAGCGACACAGAUGGUGGUGGGAGAUAGGUAGUUACUAAUGGAUAGUCUCUGAUGUAUGCUCCUGAGUUCUGUGUUAUACAUUAACAGCUGAUGAUCACAUUUAAGUGAAUGGAAUCACAGUAAAGGAUUUGUCCAUUGAUGCCAUCACUAUUAAGAAUCGCCUUUGACCACAAUGUCUGCAAACGUCAAACAUAAGCAAAGGCGAAUAGCACUCCACGCUGUAAGCAGUUUUUUUUAUCGAAAUCUGUAACUUCAUUAAUCAGUGAAGGUUGUUACAUCGUCUAACUUAAACUGAUCAAGUGAACAAAUUGGCAGUCUGUAUAUCCAUACAACCGCUCGUUCCACUUGGUCUCUGCAUGAGCUAUGAGAAAUCAUUGUCCAACUGCAGGAAUCAUUCAUGGACAGAUGAUUUUGUUUUGAUGCAGUUUGCUGGGGCUGGUGGCUGACUGUUCGACUAUAGCCUCGACCUCGAGCCUAAUUAGGAAGGAUGGGUUGGAUGAAACUCCCCGGGUAUGAUUGGUUCCUCCGAUCAUCAGACUUGUUUACAGUGAUCGAGUCUCAGUUGAUCAAGCGACUUUCACAGACCACCCUGAGCUAGCGUAGGAGUUUUGCAAGUGACUUCCUUAGUUGCUCUAAAGUAUUCCUACGAAAACAGCGGGUAUAUAUGACAGGUAUUAUCCACGAGUGUCCAAAAACCUCGGCUAUAAUGUUAGGGUGCAAAACUCCUUCGUUUGAGUUUGAGUAUUUGGAAAUGGGAAUGCGAAUAGUUCAGGAAAACAAGCUCCAAACCUGUCCCGUUGCAGGUUUCCAAUACUGAAACCCAACAAGAAAGUCGCUUCCCUGUGCAAAAUAGAGUUAAAAUCGGGUUUAGAAUCCUUAAGUACAGACUAUUAGCUAGCCAUAUGCAGAACCCAACAGCACUGUUUCUUUCUUAUUUAGUAGCUACCCGUUCUACUACAUGUUCUCUUAUAACUUCUAAUAAUACCUUGACAUACUAGAUUUGGUCAUCAUCAUCAUCAUGGGAAAAUCUUGCGUCUCCUCCGUGGAGUCUCCCGCUUCACAUAUACUUUCUCCGUCUCGUUUAGAGGUCGGCUAGACCCAUCUGGUAAGCUCACAAACUUCCAGCCACCACCGCCACCACGUUUCCCUUGAGGUCCCAUUUUCUCCACCGUGAAGUUCCAGCCUUCAGCUGGCCGCCGCCUACUGUAUUUGUGGCAUUUCACCUUCCCAGCAAUUUUCAUUUUGUUGAAUUCCAUCCUCUGGACGAACUCCUGAUAGAGCAUUUCAUCCUCUUUCUUGGAUAUCUCAUAGUGGACUUCAUCAGGAUCCCUGGUCGUACCAUCCCAACCCUCUGGCAUCACCUUGAAAUCAGGUUUGUAAGGAAGGGAUGCUACAUGAAACUCUCGGUCAUGGGAAAUGAAAAAUUCUGGGCAGGUAUCAAGCAGAAGUUCGACCGAGUCAUCUAAGACACGACCACGCUUUCUCUCUUCCUCCUCCUCUUCCUUGAGCCAGAGAAUAGCAUGCAGCCUCUGCCUCAUGAUUCUGUAGUCCUUGGCAAGCUUCUCAAUAGUAUAAACUUCGGGAUUCUCCUUGUGCAAUCGAUACAUCUCUGCCUUCUCUGAAUCCUUAAGGUAAGAACCUCUGGCACCAGGCUCCUCUACUUGCUUCAACAACCCACUUAUCUCGCGCAACCUCUGCCCCCAUCCAUCAACAAAAGACUUGCCCUUCCUGUUCUCAGCAUCCAAUUCUUUCAACUUAUCAUCAAGAUCUUGCAACUCAGAUAUUGCCAAAGACUGAGAAGCAGCAUUGCCAGCAGAACUACUAGACAUCUUGCCAACCAUCUCACCAUCGAAAUGAUCCUUGGUCAAACCAGUCGACCAUGAUGAAACAGAGUCCCAUCCCAGAUCAUCCGACCCGAAGGAUGAUCCGCCGGUAGCAGCAUUUUCCCAUUCAUUCGUUCCUUCAUCUUGACCACCACCGCCCGGCUUUGAAGAAAAGCCACAGGUCUUAAUGAGUUGAUGACUUGCUUCAUAACCAAAAGCAGGUGCAGUUUUUUCCUUUAGAAAUCUCGAUGCAGAAACACUUGUGCCUAUAGUGGUUGAUGACAGUCGUGAUAUGAGGCGGGAAAUUUGGUGCAUAUUUGCAGAGUACUUGCUCUAUCGGCAAAUGAAGAGGGCGGUGAACUCGGAGCAACUCCUGCAAGCUGGCUUCCUCAGACUGGCAGUGACAGUGACCGGGCGGACAGGUCUCAACACUGUGAGAAGCGUCUAGUUCCACGGACGGCGGCAGUGGGAUUUGCCUCGGAAAGUGGCGGCAGCGCAGAAAGAGAUGGGGGUUCGCAGGAAAGUGGGACAGGAGUGGCCAACGUCGAGAGUGAUGGUCGAUUAAUAGUCACUGGAGACGACGAAGGCGGAUGGAAGGAGAAGAAGGAAAAAGAUUCGUCGAUAGGGGCGAGAGUGAAGGGAAUUGAACAAUCGGAUUUGGGGCGAGA